UCUCUAGCACCUAUACAGAUCUUCCAGGAUGAGGCAACAGAAGAACGCGCAGAAAACGCGCGUUUGUCUUCAUUCGUUGGCGCCAUUGCCGUUGGAGAUUUGGUUAAGAGUACAUUAGGGCCUAAGGGAAUGGAUAAAAUUCUUCAAUCGACAAGCAAAGGUGACAUUGUGGUUACAAAUGAUGGGGCUACAAUUCUCAAAAGCAUAGCCCUUGAUAAUGCAGCAGCUAAAGUUCUUGUCAUUGAUCUCAUUAUCGCAGAUAUAUCAAAGGUUCAGGAUGAUGAAGUUGGUGAUGGAACAACGACUGUUUGUGUACUAGCAGCAGAAUUAUUACGCGAAGCUGAGAAACUUGUCAACCAGAAAAUUCAUCCUCAAACUGUUAUUGAUGGUUAUCGUAUUGCUAGUGCCGAAGCGUAUAAAGCUUUGGAGGAUUCUACUGUCGAUAACGGUGCUAAUCCGGAUGCAUUCCGAAAGGAUCUGAUUAAUAUUGCCCGCACAACGUUGAGUUCAAAGGUUUUAUCUCAAGAUAAAAACUACUUUGCUAAUCUCGCUGUUGACGCUGUAUUAAGGCUAAAAGGCAGCACGAAUCUUGAACAUAUACAAAUUAUAAAGAAAGUCGGUGGUAGGCUAAUCGAUUCAUAUCUCGAUGAAGGUUUCAUUUUAGACAAAAAGAUUGGAGUUAAUCAACCAAAAAGAAUUGAAAAUGCCAAAAUAUUGGUUGCUAAUACACCAAUGGAUACCGAUAAAAUUAAGAUUUUUGGCGCUCGCGUUCGUGUAGAUGCCACUGGUAAAUUGGCUGAACUAGAAAGGGCAGAGCGAGUAUGGAUAUCACAUUUGAAAAAUUAUGAACAACUUUUUGCUGACUCUGGUAUUAUGUCGAUCGAGCAUGCUGACUUUGAUGGUAUUGAAAGGUUAGCACUAGUAACAGGUGGUGAAAUUGCAUCGACUUUCGACCACCCGGAACUCGUAAAAUUGGGAUAUUGUGAUCUUAUUGAAGAGAUUAUGAUUGGGGAAGACAAGGCAUUUGCUGCUGGAGAAGCCUGUACUAUUGUAUUACGGGGAGCUACGAACCAAUUAUUAGACGAAGCAGAGAGAUCUUUACACGAUGCAUUAAGUGUACUGACACAAACUGUAAAAGAAACACGUACAGUGCUCGGUGGUGGUUGUUCUGAAAUGCUUAUGUCUAAAGCGGUCGAAGAAAAAGCUAAGAAAACAGCUGGUAAGAAAGCUAUUGCUGUGGAAUCUUUCGCAAAGGCUUUGAGGCAGAUUCCCAUCAUUUUGGCUGAUAAUGCUGGUUAUGACAGUGCAGAUCUUGUUGCCAGAUUGCGUGCAGCACAUUAUGAGGAAAAGUCUACAUUUGGAUUAGAUAUGGCAAACAAUACUAUUGGAGAUAUGCGAGAAAUUGGAAUUACAGAAUCAUACAAACUUAAGCGCCAAAUAUUACUUAGUGCAUCAGAAGCCGCAGAGAUGAUUUUACGUGUUGAUGAUAUUAUUCGAUGUGCACCAAGACAAUCCGGCAAGGUUCCUGGAUUUACCUAUACCGCCGCAAACCAGAACAAAGGAGUAAUCUGGGGUGAAGAUACCUUGUUUGAUUACCUCGAAAAUCCCAAAAA